AGUGUUGAUCAUGACGAAGGAGGGAGUGCACGUCCGCGUCACGAGCUCCCUUAAUCUUGUUCAGUAAAGUGAUAUCCGGAGUACCGCGUGCCAACCUGGUGUGAAAACUGUGCCCGCCCUUCACACAGACGAGGCGUGACCCCACGGCGGCCGGCGAGUGAGGACGUCGUGAGGAGGCGGCUGGAAGGAGAAAGUUAUGAGGGAAAGGCAGUGAAUGGACAGCAGACAGACAGACAGACACACACACAGACGGCAGUGGUGUGCGUGUGUGUGUACAUGUGUGUGUGUGCUUGUGUGUGUGGUGAGGGACGAGACGUGAAGCUGGAACUCCUGCCCAGAAACGUUUGAUUUGAUUGCUCCAGCCACUACUACUACUACUACUACUACUACUACGUAUACUACAGUCAUUACUACUACUACUACUACUACUACUACUACGAUUACUACAGCCAAGACUACUACGAAGCGAUAGUGAGACUAUAGCCUAGUGUAAGCUGCUGUGGUUUUCAAUGGCGUUUUGGCGAUUCUAGUGAUGGCUUGACAAGGAUUCUGCAUCACCAAUUGGGAAAACACUCUCAACAACCCGAUUAACCGUCUCUGUGGCAUCUGAAAGUAAUCCUGGGAGUGUGAUGGAGGAGGGUGAGGAGAUCUGCGCCCUGUAAACUGCUGCCGCACCACCACCAUGAGCCACACCACCACCAGGGAAAAGUGGGCCCCUGGUACGGCAGUGGUGGCACUGUACCCUUUCUUGGGGAACUCAACCGAAGACCUGCCCUUCGUCAAGAUGGAGAGACUGACCAUUGUGCACUCCACCAACGAUCCCAACUGGGUGAAGGCACGCAACAGGGAGGCUGACGAGGGCAUGAUCCCAACUUCCUAUGUGGUGCAGGAGUCCAAGAAGGAGGUGAAGCUAAACACCAGAGCGUGGUUCCAUGGGAAGAUCAGUCGAGAUGAGGCUGAGGCGCUGCUGAACCCUCCUGAGGAUGGCCUCUUCCUGGUGCGGGAGUCCACCAACUUCCCCGGCGACUAUACGCUGUGUGUAUGCUUCGAGGGAAAGGUGGAGCACUAUAGAGUCAUCUACAAGGACCACAAGCUCACCAUAGAUGAAGAGGAGUACUUUGAGGAACUGACUAAGCUGGUAGAGCAUUACCAGCAGGACGCUGAUGGUCUUUGCACUCAGCUGAAGCGAUCCGUCCCCAAGCAGGGCAACCGUGAGUAUGAGGUGGAGCCUGUCAAGGCAUUUGAGGACGCUGGCUGGAUCAUCAACAAGGCAGACCUGCAGCUGCUUGACUCUACCUGCAUAGGGAAGGGUGAGUUUGGAGAUGUGGUGCUGGGGGAGUGGAAGGGUAACAAAGUAGCUGUGAAGAGGCUCAAGGACAGCAGCAAGGCAGCACAGGGACUGCUGGAUGAAGCUUGCCUCAUGACGAGUUUAAAACAUCAGAAUUUGGUGAAUCUGCUUGGCCUUGUGUUUGACGACAACUGCAUCCUGCUGGUGACGGAGUACAUGAGCAAAGGUUCCCUGGUGGACUACCUGCGCUCCAGAGGCAGGCUGCACGUCACCAAGCGAGACCAGAUCAACUUUGCCUGUGACACCUGUAAUGGCAUGGCAUAUCUCGAGUCACAGAAGGUGGUUCAUCGAGACUUGGCAGCCCGAAACGUGCUCAUCAGUGAGGAGGGCGUGGCCAAGGUGUGUGACUUUGGCCUGGCCCACGAGAUGAAGGUCAAGCUGGAUGGUGGAAAGUUUCCCAUCAAGUGGACAGCACCAGAAGCUCUGAGACACAGUAAAUUUUCCAAUAAGUCUGACAUGUGGUCCUUUGGAAUCCUUCUGUGGGAGAUCUACUCAUUUGGCAGAGUUCCUUAUCCACGCAUUCCUCUAGCGGAUGUGAUGAAGCACGUUGAGAAAGGCUACCGCAUGGAGGCCCCAGACUGCUGUCCUGCUGAGGUGUACCAGCUCAUGAAGGAGGCGUGGGAUCUAGACCCUCAGAAGCGGCCAAGUUUCCAUGAGGUGUCGAAGCGCCUGACUCAGCUGCACCUCACCACCCUGACAUGACCAGGCCCGGGCGCCUAAGUGAAUUCAUAUGGUGCCAAUCAUAGCUGAAGAUGAUAGCUCCAGUGUAGUGUUCAAGUUGUUGUAGCAAAGGAAAUUAUACGUAUCAUGCCAGUUAGGGUGUAUGCAUGUUUGUGUGCAUGUGUGUGAGAGAGAGGGAGAGAAAGAGAGAUCAAGUGAUUGUAAUGGAAGUAGUGGGAUAUCAUUUUUCUUUGUUUCUUUUUUCCUAUUUUGUAUUUUUGUAUCAGCGUCGCUCCAGCACACCCACCCCACCAUGACGCUUUGCUGGACGCGGCUCCUUGUCACGUCAAAAAUAUAACAAAACAAAAUACAAAAACUUGUCAGGUAUUACAGCCCAGGACACCACCAGUCCCUCCACACCACCCCCCACACCCACCAGCCAGCCAGCCAGCAGCGCCCUGUUCAUCCAUCGUCAUGUCCCAAGUGAGAGUGUUGUGUCCUCAGCACUGUCCGCAUGCCUCAGUCCCCAGGCAAUGGCAGGCUUGGUGGCUACAUGCUGCUGCAGCAUAUAAGUUGGUGUUUCAUGUCCAGGCCUCAUGUUGCUUCCCGAGAUGUGCAACAUAUCAAUGUGUAACUCCUCAUGCAUUACGUUGAGGCCAUUACUGGGUGCUUGUUCUCACAUUCUCACAUGCAAUUGUUUGUGUGUGUGUGUGUGUGUGUGUGUGUGUGUGUGUGUGUGUGUGUGUGUGUGUGUGUGUGUGUGUCUGUCUUAUUUUAUAGAAUGAGGAGGUUAUAUUGGAUUGGGUUGAGCUCAGAUGUGAUGGGUUGGUUAGGGAGGGACAGGGUCCAUGUGUGAAAAGUUAUUUAGUGUUUUGUUUGUAGUUGUUUAUUGUAUGCUCUGUGGUAUGAAAUGUGGAGUGUAAGAGGCAUUAUGAGAGAAGCAUGACAGAGGAUGUUGUCAAAAAAGAGUGCAUCAAGAGAGUACGUCAUAUGAGACAUCAUGAAAAUAUCAUUGCAUCAAAAAGUAUAGUGUAAGAUUAUCACAAAAUGCAUCAAAAGUAUAAAUUUCAUAUGAUCCAAUGAAAAAAAAGGCAUCAAAAAAUGGUUCUGUUAAAUGUGACAUUGCUGAGAAGUUUGUAUUUGCAGUUUGGGCCUUACAAUAUAUUCUCAAUUCUACAUCUUCACACUACCAGGAGUUCACAUCACUCCAUAGCAGGAGCAGGAGCCUCCGUCCUCUACCUUUGUGGAAGAACAUAUCAAGCCUAGUACUCUUGUGCUCCAAGCUUUCCAUUUGUUAUAACUUUGUUCCUCGAUCUGGGAACAAGAGAGUUAAUAUGCAAGUUGGACGUAUAGUGAAGACACAAUGACUGACAGUGCUGUGAGAAGCAGGUGUGUGUGUGUGUGUGUGUGUGUGUGUGUGUGUGUGUGUGUGUGUGUGUGUGUGUGUGUGUGUCACAUGUGAGGAAUGAAAUUUUACAUCUUUUCAGGUAUGCAAUUUUCUUUCAAGCUUUUGUCCCAUGCAGUGUUGAGAUGUUGCAGUCAAACAGUUUCAGACACUGCACUGGGACUGGUGUCCACCAUAUACUUAAAUUCUUUAAAAAAUUCAUUUAAAAUCAUUAUUCUAAAGUGUCAUUCUCAUGACCUUUUGUUAUCAUUAGCCUUUCAUGCUUCCGCAUAAGAAAUAGAAGGAAAAGAAUGAGGCUGUGAAUUUUUAUCACCUCCAUAUUUUCCUCAAAUAAAGUUGGUUUUGUGCUCAGACUACCAUGGUUAGUUGGGAAUGAAGAAAGGUGUAGUGAGUCAACCACACAUUUCUUUUGUCUCCUGGGUGCACUCUUGUGCCUGUCAGUCUAGGAACAAAAAGCUUUUUCUUAAUUCAUGGUCAGCUUUGAGACAAGUCUCUAACACUUUGUUUAUGUUGGUGUUUGUUUUGUAGUGAGUUUAAUGACUAGAAUUGAUGCUAAUUCUUUAUUGCACCUGAAAAUGUCAGUUUUUUUUUAUCAUUAAAGCUUCAUAUUUUUCUGUGAAUGUUGGUCAUUCAUCUUUGCAUUUUCAAAAUUUUAUAUUAUCAUAAUUUUUGGAAAUUUUUUUUGGUUUACUUCAAGCAUUUUAUAUUCAACAUUUUGUCAACACAUCACUCCCAGUGUGUGUGUGUGUGUGUGUGUGUGUGUGUGUGUGUGUGUGUGUGUGUGUGUGUGUGUGCACCGCCAUUCUCAUAAUAUAUGCAUCAUGUAACAUCUUGAUAACCCAGCAUCAUCUUAGGCAUCAGGUAGUUUAGCAUAGCCAUAGCACUUAAAAUGCUACAGUCAUAUGGAAAAUAUUUUCCUUCGUCCAGUAGGUUAAAGUACUAACAGGAAUGUUAAGUCUUGGUGAUAAUUGCCAAUAGCCUGACAUGUAUCUUCUCCUUAAGUGUGAGGUUUUGUAUUUUAUUCAUCUUUUUUUUUCUUUUUUUUUUAAGAUUUUUGGAAAUAUCCCAAUAAGGGACAAAGGGAUUUAAGAAUAAAGAUUCUAGUUCACUGUGGGUAGCAAUGGCUGAUGGCUGGCAGCAACUCAUGCCAGCUAUUGUCACAGCUGUCCUGAUGUUGUGACCUUGUGCAUAUAUUAGCUAUCUAUAUCUGUCUAUUCUGAAGUCUGUUCUUUAGCUUCCCCCAAAGAAUAGUCAAAGCAGAAAAAUUUUACAUGCUUCUGUCCAUGCAUUUCAACAUUUUGCACUCUCUCUCUCUCUCUCUCUCUCUCUCUCUCUCUCUCUCUCUCUCUCUCUCUCUCUCUCUCUCUCUCUCUCUCUCUCUCUCUCUCUCUCUCUCUCUCUCUCUCUCUCUCUCUCUCUCUCUCUCUCUCUCUCUCUCUCUCUCUCUCAAGUAUUCCAGCCCUAAUCUUUUCAAACAUAUAGUUUCAUUCAUACACUAGCUGCACCCUUCCACUGUUGCUUAUUUGUGUAUUUCACUUUCUAUUAGGCAUUAACAUUACACACCCUUGUCUCCAUCAUAACCAUUGGCUAGAGUACAUCUGUGCUGUUCCAGAGCCUCUCAAACAAAAUUCAGUCCUUACAUCUUCUCUAGCUAGUGCUUCUUGGCUGGACAGAAUGCCAAUUAAUCAUAUCAACCCUAGCUAUAUCCCCCUUUUAUGCUGCUUUCUAUUGCUAUACUACUCUUCUUGUUCUCCAGUUUUAAUUCAUUUAUAUGAAAACAUUUCCUCAAUAUGUCUCAAUUUCACUCCUCUUACACAUCAGUCAGUUUUCCGAAUCUCAUGAGAGAUUAGCGACAGAUGGCAAGUCUUGUAUGAUAAUGAUGUUUUAGGGAAGUGUGGGAACCUAGUAGGUCAGAAAUAAAAAGCUAAGAUAGAAUGCAGAUGGUCACAAUGCUCUUAUUGAUUCUUAGAAAGCAUACCAGUGGCAUGAACCAUGUGUGGCUUGAGGUGAGAAGAGUAACAGUCUUUUUUGGAAAGAAAGGCUCCCAUGCCUUUUUUUUUUUUUUUUUUUUUUUUCUUCACCAUUUAUAGUAAUAAUUCUGCAUCAAUUUUAACCAAGCAUCUUAAUUGAACCUCGUCAGUUAUGGUACUGCCACUGGACAGCAUUUGGUUGUAUCUUCUGUCAUCACUAAGUAUAAUUUAGCCAUUUUGUAAUGCAAAUCUUGUUCUGCUUUGUUUCCCAUGGUGAAAGAAAAGUAUCUUUUGACCUUUCCUUCAGUGAUUGUUUUUGUUAGAAAUAUGCACUGUAUGUAUUUUCCAUAAUUUAUGUAUUGCAUUGUGCAAGCCUAAAAGUUGAUUAAAAAUGAAACUGCUCAGCACAUGGUGAUGGCAAUGAUCAGAGUCCUCCCUGGAGUCACUGUGGGUUGUGGACUGUGCACAGCUCUGCCUCGCACUGCUAACGCUCUCUAAUGCGGGAAACUGAGCUGUAAGAACAGUGUACUGAGUCAAGCAAGGAAGGUUGCCCAAGACUGCAGGCAUUUUGAAAGUUCAGUAGAGUGUUUUGGUGAAAUGUUAUGGGGUUACUUAUGGUUGAGACAUAAUCAUUUAUGACAUUGAAACUUCAGUGAAUGAGCCACAUAGGAAUGUCAUCACUACAUAUUGGUAAACAUAAUGAAAUUUGAAAUUCUUACUGAAAGAAAGCUUUGACUUGUAGUACAUUUUACUUGGUAAUACCAAAAUCAUAGUGACUCAGGAUGAUCAGAAGUCAGAAAUCAACAUUAGAUUCCUCUCAGUGAUUCCCUUCCUCUUUCUUUUGUGAUAACAGGAGGCUGAUGCACUUCUGAAAGCCUCCAAUUAUUUUCAGGGAAUUGGAUAUUGGCUGUAGAUAAUCUCAUUAGUAAUAUGUUGCUGACAGUUUUGUUUUCUGUUUAGCUUGAAAUACAUUAUUAAGUGUCCAUACUAUAAUAAGUGGAAGCUGUUAAGUGUACAUAGAAAUACUAUAUUUUAGUGGAGUCCGAAAGAGAAGUUGGCAAACAGUCGGACUCGGUGGGCUUCCCGAAUUGAGGAUCCUGUGUCCUAGUGAAAGCCCUUGAAGGGGAGUCAUGUUGCCCGGCAGAGGGUGCUGCAGAGUGCAGUAGGCUGAUGGAAACCAACACUUGCCAGAAACUGAUGCAUGAAGACUACUGGUGUAUGUUGGUAACAGAGUUAUAUUUAUUUAUAUUUUUGAUAAUAAAGAAAAGUGCUUAACAAACAUAUACUGGUCACAGAACUCUUGAUAUGACCUCACUGAUUAUUUUGGUUCAUACGUUUCCUGCCUCUUUGAUAUCAUCUUGUUCAUUGUCCACAUGUGAGAGAAAGUGAGUGAUCCUUGCAGUGCACGGUGCUUGCAUACAUGUGAGGCGAACCCGGACAAGUGGCUGUGUCUAGAAUUGUGACUGUGUUGUGAAUGGAAGUCUCUUGCGUUCAUCAAGAUGAAUUUCAGGCCACAGGUGGUAAAAUGAACGUGACACUAUUUGCUCUGCUAGAAUUAAAUGUACUAUACUAAUUAAUAUGUUGAUUGUAGGAAGUAUGUUUUCCUCAAUUUUUGAAGCACCAGGCAAGAUAUGUGUGAUCAAGGUGGUACAUAAAUGUAAACUUACCUAAGGAAAUAAUUCCAUGAUAUGUACAUUAAGUCUUCCUAGGAUGUUUGUUGCUUAUCCAGGUUCUGAAGCUUGGGGCUUUUGGGAGCUUUUCUUUUAUCUACACCAUGUGAAGGCUGCCAAUUGUAUAUUUCAUCUGUGAGGCUUUACCUGUUAUGGAGAGAUUUCAUCUAGUCCAAUAUGAAGGAUUGGCAGAAGAACAGGAUGACUGACUGCUUCAAGAGUUUUCUGUGAAGGACCUGCUUGCAUAUCUUUUUUAAAAUGUAGUGACUUUUUCAUUAAAAUCAGUUGCUUAAUUAGAACCAUUUCUCAGAAGCAGGGGUAUUAAAUAAAGCUGUAAUUGAGCAGAAUUGUGAGGGUGUGAUGCCUCCGUAGAGCAUCAAGGACUUGUCUUGAAGGUUACAGUUGACUCGUGCAGGCUUGCACCUUGUCCUGCCUGGACAGAAACUUGAGUUGAUUACUGAAGCUCAGUACAACUCAGAACCACUUUAUAUAAAUGGUAUUUAAAGUAAGAUAAUUAUAUAUAUGUAAUACAGUCAUCAGUAAUUAUUUUGAAAGUUGGGUUAUUUGUGAUUUCAGCAAUUCAUCAACUUCCAAUGUUAAAGUUUGCAGCCUAUUGUACAGUUAUUGAGAAUCUAGGCAUCAUGAGCACUUGUGGAAGCAUUGCUAGGAAAGGUUUUUACAUUUUGUACCAACUGACCAACUGUAUUGUGAACGGAUAGUUGGGUGGAAUGCCACACUCUUAGUGACUACAGCAGUUGGUGGACUAUAUGUAGAGUGGCAAUGUUAGGUCAUGUUUUUUUUUAUUUGACCUAUGCUUCAAGGAUGUUGCUGCCCAUUUUUACAUCAAGUUAAGUGAUACAAGCUCAUCCCUUGCUAUCAGCCCUCACUGGAAAGAUUCACUCACUACUGUGGGAGGGAGGAGUGCUGGCAAUUGUGAACCGCCAUUGAAAAUUGAAAAAAAUGUUAAUAUUACCCCUGUAUUGGUCUUUUUGGUCCAGAACAGCAUGUGGCUCAUCAGUAGAACACACCUUGCUGGAAUGUAAUGUAUUAUACAGUUGAGGGAUGUGUGUUAUAUAGUAGCAAGAAGCAUCAUGUAGGCAAACACACCACCUCCAACAAACUUUUGGUAAGAAGUAUAGGGGUGCCUUUUUUUUUUUUUUUUUUUCUCUCUCUCCGAUAGCAGUGGCGGUGUGCCUCCGGUAAGUGCUCGUCUAGCAGUGUGCUGGUCAUUAGGUUUAGCCAGAUGUCUGUAGUACAAGGUGGACAAAGAAAAUAAUAUAUGCUAAUUAAUAUUUUGAAGGAGAGUGUACAUUUUAGAUGUAAACUGGUAUAUUGAUGCAUUUCAUUUUGGAUGUGGAUCAGUUUUGUUAAAGCUUGAGAAAUACUUUCGCUUCUUAUGAGCAAAUUAAAAUUUUUGACAUUUUAUUUAAUAGUUCUUAACUGGAGAACAAUAAAUUACAUUACAUUUUUUAA